UUCAUCCUUCAAAUCCAAAAUCCACCAUUUUCUUCAUGGCUUCACAUAACAAAAUCUUAUUCUUUUCCAUAACCCUUUUCUCAAUUCUUUCAAAUGUCUCUAGUAAUUCCAUUAACAAAUGGUGCAAAACCACGCCGCAUCCCAAAAUUUGCAUUUACUUCAUGUCCCCAAUCAAACCACCACCCCAAAACCGACCGGAGUUUCGAAAAAUGGCUAUUCGAACCGCUUUGCAAAAGGCCACCGAGGCUCAAACUUACGCAACGCGGUUCGGUCCGAGCUGUAAAACCACACGCCAGAGAGCCGCGUGGACUGACUGUUUGAAGCUCUACAACGACGUUGUUUUUCAAUUAAACCGCACCCUCCAAUGCGUCAUUAGCGACGGAACGAUCCGCCAUCGCCGUUGUACGGAUUUCGAUGCGCAAACGUGGCUGAGCUCUGCUCUUACUGACAUCGAUUUAUGCGUCUCUGGUGCGGCGGAUCUCAAUGUGACGGAUUUUAUAGCUCCAAUCAAAUGCCAGAAUGUUUCGAAGAUGAUUAGUAAUUGUUUGGCUGUUAAUGGGAGGUUUUUGGAGGAAGAGGCUAAAAAGAGUGAAACUAAAAUCGGUGUUGAAGAUGAUCGAGAUGGGCCGUUUCCGAUGUGGGUUUCGGAUGGUGAUCGGAAAUUGUUGCAGUCGUCGGCGAGGGUGAGGGCUAACUUGGUGGUGGCGAAAGAUGGGAGUGGGAAAUUUCGGACGGUUCAGGCGGCGAUCGAUGCGGCGGCGAGGAGGCGUGGGAGGGGGCGAUUUGUAAUUUAUGUAAAACGAGGGGUUUAUAGAGAAAAUAUUGAAGUUGGGAAUGAUAAUGGAAAUUUAAUGUUGGUGGGAGAUGGGAUGAGAUUUACUGUGAUUACAAGUGGAAGAAGUGUCGCCGCCGGCUUUACCACCUUCAGUUCUGCAACCGCUGGCAUCCAAGGUCCAGGUUUCAUGGCUCGAGGCAUAAGGUUCGUGAACACAGCCGGUCCACGAAUGGGCCAAGCUGUAGCACUACGAUCGUCAUCGGACCUGUCCGUGUUCCAUCGAUGCAGCUUCGAGGGCUACCAAGACACACUAAUGGUGCUUUCACAAAGACAAUUCUACAAGCAAUGUUAUGUUUACGGUACAAUCGACUUCAUUUUUGGGAACGCCGCAGUUGUUUUACAAAAUUGCUUGAUUUACGUAAGAAGACCCUUAAAAGGCCAAGUAAAUGUCAUAACUGCCCAAGGCCGUGAGGACCCAUUUCAGAACAGCGGAAUCUCAAUCCACAACUCUCAAAUACGAGCCGCCGCUGAUUUGCGGCCCAUGGUUGGCUCAGUCAAGACGUACUUGGGCCGGCCUUGGAAGAAGUAUUCGCGGACCGUGAUCAUGAGAAGUUACAUUGAUAGCUUGGUUAGCCCUGCGGGGUGGUUGGCGUGGCAAAGUAGUAAAUUUGCUCAAGCUACGUUGUAUUAUGGGGAGUAUCGUAAUAUUGGGCCUAGGGCUUUCACACGGUAUAGAGUUAGAUGGCCUGGUUUUCAUGUCAUUAAAAGCCCAAAUGUGGCCUCUAAGUUUACUGUUCAGAGACUUAUUGCUGGCCAGACUUGGCUUCCGGCAACCGGAGUUCCCUUCAAGCUUGGCGUCUGAUUUCCAUUUCUUACAUUUUUAUGAUGACCACUCUCCACGGCAGAAUUUUCUAUCACCAUCUCAUUAUUAUUUAUUUAAUAAAAUAUUUGGUUGUAUUGGGAAGUGAAUUGAAAAAUGGAACCUACCAUGCAAAAAUUUUUAU